GUUCUUUGUAUGUUUACCUGAAAUUUAGCCGACUGUAGAACAAGCGGAAGGGGUAAGCCCCAUCUUGUGGAAUUUUAAAUGAAAAAAAUUAUUCAAUGUAUUGAAUAAUAAUACUAAUAAUAAAAUCAUACUAAUGAAAUUAUAAUUUUAUAAUGAACGCGUUGUCCAGUUGGCAGCCUGCUCGCCUGUUACGUGGGCGGCUAGGGUUCGAUCCCAGAAGAAAAUAAUAUUCACCUAGUUGACUGGUCUCUCUGACAGGUGGACUGCUACUGAGGCAGUUACCGAGUUGACAGCCACCCCCAUUGCGUGUGGCGCCCUCCCUCUCCAGGGGUGCAAUACUACGAUGACACUGGGUUCACUCAAACCCCCAGAACUGAUCCUCUACUUUAGUCAAUCCUCUUUGGAUACACAAGUGCGUUAUUCUGUUUUCAUGUCCGUAAAGAUGAAAACUCUAAUGAAUAAAAUGUAUAAACACCAAUGAACAGUGGAAUUCCGACAAUUGUUUGAAUGGAAUCAUCAACGAUGGGUGAGACUGGGGGACCAAUUCUUCAUGUCAUUGUCGUUGGAUUUCAUCACAAGAAGGGCUGUCAAGUGGAGUAUUCGUUUCCACCGCUAGUUCCAGGGUCACCGAACGAGUGUCCAAUUGGUUGGAAAUACCUUCCAACCCUUGCCCUGCCAGAUGGAUCUCACAAUUACGACGAGGACACAGUGUAUUUCCAUUUGCCCAGCAUCACACACCCCAACAAAACAGUCUACGGUGUCUCAUGUUUCCGCCAGAUACCAGUCGAGAAGCUGAAGAAUCGUACGUCAGACAUAACUAGAGGGACAGUUCAAAAAUCGGUCUGUGUUCUGAGUAUAUUACCUCUUUAUGGACACAUUCAGGUGAAAAUGUCUCUAAUUACUCACGCGUAUUUUGAGGAAGGAGAUUUCAGUAAAGUCUCGCUGCUGGAGGACACCUUUCGACACUUAAACGCCUGCAUGAGAGGCGACAGUCAAAUUCCACCACAAGUAUUCGUUGGAUUAUCAGCGAGAGAUUUUAUCCUCCAAUUUCGUCAUAAAGCUCUACUCCUGUUUAAACUUCUGCUCCUAGAAAAAAAAGUUGUGUUUUAUCAAUCACCAGUGCAGCCACUGUGUGCAGCAAUCCUGACUCUUCUCUCUCUUCAUCCUGGUAUGAUUGAAACAGGUCUGACAAGAGCUGCAUGCGUCAAACCAUCUCGUCCAAUGUCUCCAAUUCCGACAUUCGAGAGUGAAGAGGAUGCCCUUAACUCGAAUGAAAACGAUAAAAAUCAAGAUAAUGAUGACAAAUCCAAUGGAACUGAUAAUCAAUCACUGACGAAUGACAAUAAAACUCUGGAGACGAUGGAGAGAGACAAUGGAAAGUCACGUAACUCAAUAAACUCAAAAUUGUCGAGAAAAACGAGUGAUGAGACUGGAAAUCUUCAGUCUGUUGAGGUGAUAGAAGUGGAAUCGACGAGUGAGGGAACAGAUUUUAACAGGCAAUCGACUAUUGGUGAGGAUAAUUCCAUGAAGGGACAGGAGAAUGUUCAUCGUGUGCUGAGUACAAAUAAUGUUAAUUUCGGAAUGGGAGAGAAUGGAGUAUUGCCCAGGGACACGAGUAGUGAUGCACUCUCGGAGGCAAAGGUCACGUCGAAUAUCACGCAGAUAGCGCAUAUUAAUCCAGAGGAGUGUGGAUUACCAAUGAAUCUCUUCACCGAGGGAUAUUUGUGCUUGCCAUACCUCUCUCUACCUUAUCUCGAUCUUUUAGGUGAUACCAAUGUUCGUGGGUACAUCGUUGGUGCUACGAAUAUUCUGUUUAAGCAGAAAAAGCAACUCAUCGAUGUAUUGAUUGAAGUGGAGAGUGGGAGAAUUGAGGCUACGGAUCCUGAAUUGAGACGAUUACUUCAUUUGACGACUGAGGAUCUCAGAUUCGCUGAUUAUGUUGUAAGGCAUGUGGCUGAGCCACGCAAGGACGUUUUUUUGGAUGGGGUUGGGUGGGAGGGGGGUGACGAGUGGAUUAGGACACAAUUUCGAGUUUAUCUGUUGAGUUUGUUGAGAACUUCUAUUCAACAGGAUACGAGACAGUGUGAUCAUUUUAAUGGGGCCUUCAUGGCUGCUUGGAAGGCGACGAAUAAUUAUCAGAUGUGGGAAAAUUCAGGGAAGAAUGAGAUUCAUUCUGUGGAACCUGGACAUCCCUUUGCUGGUCAGCUCUCUGUUCAGGACAUGAAACUCAGAUUAUCACAUACAAUGCAAAACACGGAAUCAGGUCGAAAAAUAAAUCAGGCGAUGGCAACGACCGGAAGAGCAGUGGCCACGACAGGAAAAGCCGUUGGGGGAGCUCUCUCUCAAGCCAAGGGUGCCUUUACGACGUGGUGGAGCACCCUGACGACAGUUCAACCCCUGGACAUGGAAGGCAGACCCGAAAAUUCUCCACAAAAUAAUCCACAGAGUGACGACAGUGCUGACGAACAUAAAUGUAAUGAGAAUCAAAUUCCAAUCGUUUCCACUGAUUUGAAAUCGUCUGACGGCGUUGGUACACCAGUCGUUGUCGAUUAAAUAUCGGAAAAUCCACAAAAGACAAGGAAAUUCUCAUAGAAGAUUAAAGUCAGAAGAGAUUUGUGAGUGGGGUAGAGAGAUAAAUUAGAUAAUUAAGAAAAAUAUUGAUUUUAUCGAUCUUGAGGGGAAUCCCAUUAUUUUUUCUUGAAUAUAUUCAAUGCUGUAUUUUUUUUUAUUAUAAAUAUUGCAGAAAACGUAUGGAGAUUUCAUUUUUGUUACGAUUGUUUAGAUUCUUGGAGUUUAAUAUUUUUUUAACUUCUUGAUUUACGAAUCUAAAUUAUUGUGUUUAAAGAAGAGUUACCAGGAAGAUAUUCAUCUCUUUACUCCACUCAGUCUUUUAUUAGUAGUGAAGUUCAAAAAAAAGAUAACUCCAAAAUGGCUGGCAGAUUAUUUACCGAAUAUUUAAGAAUCUUGAGGACUUGGAGUUAUUUGUCAGAUGAUUUUUAGUGGAGAAUGAAAUUUGAAUUUUUCCACAGAGAAAAAUGUCUUCUCGUCGGUCCACUUGCUUCUAAAAUAUUCGCAAACAAUCGGCCUAAAAGUUAUCACCUCACCUUUUGUUCUUCAGUCUUAAUUGCCAUUUAUAUAAAUUAUUAUUGUAUUUACCAUUGUGAUUGGUAGUGUACCUUAAUGUAAACGAAAUUGCUUUAAAUUUUGCUAUUCAGUGAACCUGAAAAUCGUUGUCAUACGUAGUUUGUAAACGUAGAGUGUUAUUAUUGUGCUUUAAAAAUAUUAUUCCCUCUCCCAUAUCCCAAAUUUAUUAUUUACAGAUCCAUCCCUUAUUUAUCCCCCACACGAAAGUUGUACAUUUUUUUUCUUAAUUAUAACUAUUUGAUAAAUAUAAUUUUUGUUACCUCAAAAAAA